AUGGCUGGAUGUACAUCUCUUGAUUCUAUGCGUCAAUCAACUCUUGAAUGUUUAUAUAAUCAAUCAUGUGUUGAUGCAAUAUCACUUCAAUCAAAAAUACUUCGACCAAAAGCUUUGAAUUCAUCAUUAUCAGAAUUUCCAUUGAAUUCAACAAUAGGUUCACUAUUUGAUGAAUUUUUAUUUGUUGAAAUUUGGAAAAAUCAAUCUAGCUUUGAAAAUUAUUUUGCUGCUUGCGAACCCCAAUCACUCUCUUACAGUUAUGAAAGUCGAUUUCAUUUUGGAACAAUUAUUACAAUGAGUCUUAAUGCUUUCGGUGGUCUUGUUACUGCUUGGGAGUUGAUUACACCAGCUAUUAUCAUAAUUUGGCAACGAAUAAAAUGGAAAAGAAAACAACGUCAACGAUCUACAACAACAGAAGAAACACUUGUAGAAUUAGAAGUUAUGAAAAUGAUACCAAAACCAAUUAAAAAAGCUGUAACCGUUCACGUUCGUCGAACAAUUCAUAAUUUUAAUUUGUUUCCGUCAGACAAUAAAAAUGAUUCUGAGGAAGAACGUAUUGGUAUUAUCGCUACUCGUCUUUACAUUUUCUUAAUAUUUACCGGUCUUAUAAUUCUUGGUUUUUAUACAUCUUUAUUAAAACAUAAUCAAACAUAUACUGUUGAAAAACCUUCACUUUCAAAAUUUGAAGAAUUAUAUUCAAUGCAUUCGUCAACAUUAAAUUGUCCAUGUUCCCGAUUUUCAAUGUUACAUGAUCAAGUAAUGUCUCUUACACCUCGUUAUCAUUCGAUAUGUUCAAGCAAAUUUAUUGAAAAUGAUUGGUUAUCUUACUUUGGUCAUGUUGAAAUCAAUAUUCAUGCUGUUCGAUUUUUAUCAUCUGAUUUUCGAGUUGGUGGUCAAUCGCUUUUUGAAUUACUGAGUACAUUAUGUAAAACAUCACAUGAAACAAUUGAAAAUGCAUUAAUAGUAUUUCGAUCGAAUCAAUUAGUUACCAUGUAUGCCUUAUCACGUUCACAAUUUAAUAUUGAAACGAUGAUACGUUUAAAACGAUUUGAACAACAAACAAUAAAUUCUUUUCUCAAUCUAAUUCAAUUAAUUCGUUCAUCAAUUAAAACCAAUCAAUUAGCUGAAGAAAUGUUGACAAGUACAGGACCUUCUUCACAAUUUAAUAACGAAACAUCAAAAUGGUCAUUCUUUUACCGAUCGAGAAAUUAUUAUACAAAUUCAUGUUCAUGUGCUGUGUCUGAUGAAUGUAGUCGUCCAGCUGGUUUUCAUUUUCAAACAGAUAAAAGUUCUAGUACACCUAAUAUAACCAUACCCGGUUUAUUUCUUGGUUGUUAUGCAAUUGAUUCUGUUCUUUUAUCUACAUUAGAAUGUUUAUACGAGAAAACCUGUGUUAAACUUCUUGUUGAUAAAUACUAUUUUGAUGUUAUUGGUUUAGUUAAACCACUGAAGAGUAGUGCUGUUCAAAUACAACCACUCCCACAUGAAAAUAGUCGUUUUUAUCCAAAUACGACAAUAAAUGAGAUUGUCUCGGAAGCAUUUGUAGAAUAUUGGAUUAAUUCAACUAAUUAUACGUCAUAUUAUGAACGAUGUGCACCUUUACAAUGCACUUACACUAUACGAAAACGUUUGAAUAUUGAUAUGUUAGCUAAAAUGCUUGGAUUUUAUGGGGGAUUAACGAUAUCAUUUGUACGUGCAAAGUAA